GUGUGAGGUCCCGUGACAAAUUUCCUUGGAACUUUGUGUGGCCAGGAAAGAGUCCUGCUUCCUGCUGCGCUCACUUGUCAGACGUCUGUGAUCAGAGAGAAAGUACGCUCACAUUUGGAGGGUUCGGGGCUUUCGUCCCUACACGAACGUGGCAAAUGUUUGCUACACUGGCAGCUUAAGUGCCAUAGAGCGAAAAGUUCCCUCCAGAACUGCGAAAAUAAGCGAACACCGCAUCAAAAUCCUAAAAGCACAGAUCCAGAAUGGGGAUUGCCCAGUCACAUACUUGACGCCUUUUCUAUUACUGCACCUUUGAAUGCUGACAGUCCCUAAGAUGGAGGACCAUCCCAGUUUUCCCAAUGUCAGCAUCCCUUGCCACAAUGAGCAGAGGGACAAGAAAAAGCGUUACACAGUUUACAAAGUGAUGGUCUCUGUUAGACAACAGGAAUGGUUCGUCUUCAGGCGAUAUGCAGAGUUUGAUAAACUUUACAAUACAUUAAGGAAACAGUUUCCGUCCAUGAACUUGAAAAUUCCUGCUAAAAGGAUAUUUGGGGACAACUUUGACCCGGAGUUCAUCAAGCAAAGAAGAGCAGGGUUACAUGAGUUCAUCAAAAGAAUUGUCUCACAUCCCGACCUUUCCAGCCAUCCAGAUGUGAGGGCCUUUUUACUAAUGGACAAAAUGGAACAAAUAUCUGAUGCCUCUGAGGAUGAAGAUGAAAAAAACAACUCUACCUCCAGAAACAUUAACCUGGGACCCUCUGCAAAUCCACAAGCCAAGCCCACAGACUUUGACUUUUUAAAAGUCAUAGGAAAAGGGAGUUUUGGUAAGGUUUUCCUUGCUAAACGGAAACACGAUGGAAAGUUUUACGCAGUCAAGAUCUUACAAAAAAGGGUCAUUCUCAACAGGAAAGAGCAAAAACACAUCAUGGCAGAACGCAAUGUUUUGCUGAAGAAUGUGAAACACCCUUUCCUGGUCGGGCUUCAUUAUUCCUUCCAGACUAAAGACAAGUUAUACUUCGUACUGGAUUUCAUCAAUGGAGGAGAACUUUUCUUUCAUCUACAACGAGAAAGGACCUUUCCAGAGCCCAGAGCAAAGUUCUACAUUGCUGAAAUGGCGAGCGCUCUGGGGUACCUGCAUUCUCUCACCAUUGUUUACAGAGACUUGAAGCCAGAAAAUAUCCUUCUUGACCAUGAGGGGCAUAUCGUUCUGACAGACUUUGGAUUGUGCAAGGAGGGCAUUUCCCAGAAGGAUACCACCACUACAUUUUGUGGAACACCUGAGUACUUAGCUCCAGAGGUCCUGAGGAAGCUGCCAUAUGAUAGUACAGUAGACUGGUGGUGUCUGGGCUCAGUGCUGUAUGAAAUGCUCUUUGGCCUUCCGCCUUUCUAUAGCAGGGACACACAUGAGAUGUAUGACAACAUCCUCCACAAGCCGCUAACCAAGCGUCCCGGGGCCUCCAACACGGCCUGGUUGCUCCUCGAGGGGCUGCUGGAGAAAGAUGGCAGACGCAGACUGGGAUCCAGGGAAGACUUUAAUGAGAUCAGAAGACACAGCUUCUUCUCUUCCAUCAACUGGGAUGACCUCGAACAAAAGAAGAUCCCUCCCCCUUUCACGCCACUUGUGAGCUCCGUCAGUGAUAUCUCGAACUUUGACCCUGAGUUCACGGAGGAGAUGGUUCCCAACUCCAUCUGCUGGUCUCAAGAGCAGUCGAUUGUCAACGCUAGUGUUAUGGAGGCCGAUGACGCUUUUGUGGGCUUCUCUUACGCACCACCCUCUGAUGACUCUUUCCUAUAAAACAUUCCCAUCGAAAUCUUCAGUUGCCUUAACCAUUGUAACUUUCUUUUGUUUUUUUUUAAUAAAGGGAAGCAUUAUAAAUGGAUUAACUUGUUAUGUGAAGCCAAAGCAAGCAGCUGAGAAGAAACUGAUUUUGGUUGAGAUAAGAUGUGUCAGAAAGUCUUUGUUUUACUUGUAUUUAUGAAAAAAAAAAUAUAUAUAUAUACAAAACUGAUUAGAUUUUUUUAGAUUCAGGGGCCGCUGUUCUUUAUUAAAGUGAUUUCUGAUAGUUUAAGAAAUGAGCCUUCACGUCAUCUUAAAAAUUGUCCCUUAAAUAAAGUCAGUAAGCAGUUUUCUGACAAACUUGAACAAUUCACUGGAUUUUAAGUAACUCACUUUGACCCUCAGACACAGUUGUGUGUGUUCAUGUAGUUACUGUAAAAAUAAAAACAUACAUGUUCACAUUAACUAAGCUGGAAGUAGGGAUUACUUGAGAAACCAAUGAAUGCAGCAUUUUGGUUGAUAGGUCACAAAAAAGAGACUUCUGGUUGUAAGUUACCUUUAUGUUUGAUUUUUUUUUUUUUUUUUGGUGUUUUUUUUAAUUGGACUGUUUAUUUUUUGCUGUUAUUUGCCUUAACACGUUUAUUUUAUUUUAUUUUUUAUUCAGAAAUUAAAAAUCCACAAUUCUUCUCUUUGCCUGUACUCCACCAGAAUAAUAAUAAA